AUGACAGCCUCACGCCAGAGUCGUCGACAACGUUCAGGUCCCUGGCUUGCCACCAAUAAUAGUGGUGUCUUCUAUCGCCCCGAGGCUCACAUCGACCGACGACCGCCGUCAGCAGAGCGCUUCCCUACACCGCUUAUCGGCCCAAGAAGAACAAGACCACACGCAAUACACAUUGUUACUUAUCCGCCUGGCUACGUACCCCGAGAAUUACGGCCCGACGCAAAAGCUAAUAGGGGCCGGCCGCGAAAAGGGCGACGCGAAAGAUCAUCUAGAUCGAAUCUCGACUCGGACCCCCCGUCGUCGAUUUUCGGCAGCACUAACACCGGCAUUGGCGAAAGCAGCAGCAGCAGUAGCAACAACAGCAGCCGCCGCAACAGCAACGUAUUCUUUCAUCACAAGAGGAGCAGCUCGUCAAUAUCAUCAUCCCAAAUUCUCCGGCCCGUGCUGGGCAAGCUCAUUGCAUCUUUUUCAGGAUUCUCCCAAUCCAAAGCCGAGAACUCGCAACCACCACCACAACCAACCCCGGCAUCUGCACAGACCCAAUUGCAGGUACCGACAAGCUGCUUCGCUGUCCCCGCGACCACAGCAUCGACAGGGGUGGUGGCGCCCCCGGCCUAUGACGACGACCGUGAAGAUUCGGCAACCCAGAUCCCACCACAGCCCCACCAGGCUCGACCAAGCCUCUCGCCUCUUCAGUCAUCUCACCCACACCCUUCAGACACAAUGGCUGUUACUGGGAGUGUCACCAUUCCUCCAACUGCAUACAACAUCGCAAGUCACCGGAACAGCCUCAUGUCUGUCCGCACAGCAAAGUCGGCCGUGAGCUCACUUGUGACUGAGGUCCCAAAACCCGUUGCAAGUGGCAGCGGCGUCUCGUGCUCCAUCCUUCUGGCUGAACGCAACAUCUUUCUUACAGGUUUUGAUCACGACGGCCAUUCGUCCCGCGAGGCUCAAAGCGGCACCUCGCUGCUGCGCGGCAAGUUGCAGUUAAACGUAACAAAGAACGUCAAAAUUAAGGCAAUCCAGCUAAAGCUUCUGGGACGUGCCCGCACAGAAUGGCCCGAGGGUAUUCCUCCAUUAAAGCAAGAAGUCUGCGAGGAAGAAAGCUUAAGGACGCAGGUUUUAACGUUUUUCAAUGCUAUGCACGAUGGCUGGGAAGGCGAAUACGGCAACCAGUGCAGUUACAAGCUGAAGACAAGUUCAGCAAAUUCAAGUAGCACAAAUCUUGCUGUACCUCAACGGCCCGGCAGCCUGCUGCCGUCAUCAUCCUCAAGGAGUGGCUUGACCGCCAAGGAGCUCAAACGGCUCUCACUACAGAACACGCAAUCACGUAGUUUUGGAAAGAACGAAAAUGGUGUCGCGACGAGUACCCAAGCCAAAGGAUUCAAGGUGUUUUACCCAGGCACUUACGACUACACAUUCGAGCUGCCCAUUGAUCAUCACCAGUUGGAAACAAUCAAAUUGCAAUAUGGCUCAGUAAAGUGGGAGCUGCAUGCGAGUGUGGACCGUGCUGGUGCAUUCAAACCUAACCUGCAUGGCACCAAAGAGGUAUCCAUUGUACGACUACCAGAUCAAAUGUCUCUUGAGACGACGGAACCCAUUUCCAUAUCUCGGCAAUGGGAAGAUCAGCUUCACUAUGACAUUAUUAUCUCGGGGAAGAGCUUUCCCAUUGGUUCCAAAAUACCAAUUGCUUUCAAGCUCACCCCCCUUGCCAAGGUCCAAGUUCAUAAAUUAAAGGUCUACGUGACCGAGUCCAUUGAAUACUGGACAAACGACAAGCGAGUCACGAGAAAGGAUCCGGGCCGCAAAAUUCUCCUCCUGGAGAAGGCAGCAGGGAAACCACUUGACAGCAAUUUUGUCACGUCAGAUGUCACGACCGUUCGUGGUGGGGAACUUGAGCCAGAGCAUCGUCGCCAGGCAAGAGAAAUAGCCAAUAUGCGACGAACACGAGAAGCAGCGAGACAUGGACGUGCCCCAGAACCUUUGCCAGAACCAACCAACAACUUGCUCGGUGACAUUGAUCUCGGACUGGAGCACAUGUGGGGUUCAACUGAGAUUGAAGCCAAUGUACAGCUCCCUACAUGCCAAAUGAUGGCCAAAAACAAGGAUCUGCGACUCAAUCCAGACUGUAGCUGGAAAAACGUAAACGUCUAUCACUGGAUAAAGAUUGUUCUCAGAAUCAGCCGCAUAGAUCCUGAUGAUCCAACGGGGAAAAAGCGAAGACAUUUCGAAAUCAGCAUCGACUCACCCUUUACAGUGCUCAACUGUCGGGCGACGCAAGCCAACACGAAUCUGCCCGCAUAUGCCGGUCUUAACAGCAAUCCGACACCAUACCACUCAGCGUGUGGCUGUCCCGACUCCGCGUCUCUACCGUGCAAUGGGUCACCUAACUCGUCUACCGGCACACUGCCUGGGACAGAGUUGAGUAAUGAGGCUCUUCCGCUACCACCACAAGCAGCUCACCUCGCACACUCGAAUAUGAACCACACGAACCACACGACGAUCCCUGGGAGUCCCAUGAGAUCGGUGGAUGAUUUGGGAAUUCAAGGCGAGCCACGACCCAUUCACCUUCUGCGCGUACCCAGCUUCAACCCGCCUGCGUUUGACGAUGACACAACACCCCCGCCUCUUCUUGUUGCGGAAAACCCAGAGGCAGCAAAUGCCCCUCUGAUGACACCACCCCCGCAAUAUGACGUUGUAGUAGGAACACCAAGCGUGGAUGGGCUAGCAGACUACUUUACUCGUUUGGCAAGCGCUGGCUAUGGGAAUGAGGACGAUAACGAUUCAGGGUCGGAUGACUCGGAUGACCAACCCACCAGGAUACUCGAUAGGAGUGGACGAGUCAAUGUUGCACAUCCCAGGACGCCAGGCGGGCGAAUGCCAAGCCGAAGCUUCGAGUUUUCUCGUCCUCCAGUCAACUUGAAUCUCGGAAAUUUGCCAACUCGCACUGGUAGAUCGACCGUACCUGACACUGUCAGCUAA